AUGUCAUCAAAGGAAGUCUCGAAAAGCCCGGACUUGACACGCGAUCAACCAGCUGUCGUCGCACCUGAACUAGCCGAUGAAAAUGGUGCUCCAGUGCCAGAAAUCGGGCAAGAUGCUCAGACAGGGCCGGAGAUCGUCGGUGAAGAGGUUCCAAACCGUGAUUCAGUGAAGAAGAAGAAGACCUUGUUCCAAAAGCUCGGCUCGCUGUUUAAAAAGUCCAAGUAA